AUGACCGGGUAUCUGUGUCGAGGGAAGACCGAGCAGCCCUGGCUGUCGUCACCGAAACGACACGACACAACGGAAUCCAAUUCGGAGUGCCGUUACCCUGGCGAACGGGAUCCAAUCGACUNGCAGUUGAAGGAAGCCUACUGUAAGGCCAUGAAACGCAAUCUAGACUUGGGAUAUAUUGAAAGCGCAAUGCGAGAAAUCGAAAAGGGGCAACCAUUGUGGUACCUUCCGCACCACCCUGUCAUAAAACCCAAGAAACCUCAGAAGAUCCGGGUUGUCUCCGAUUGUGCUGCCAAGUGGGCCGGGAUUGCCCUAAAUGACCGUCUAUUAGAAGGCCCAGACCUGAUUACUCCGCUGAUUGAGGUGCUGUGCAGAUUCCGGCUGGGGUUAGAGUCCCCGAAGAGCAAAGGGAUGCCCUACGGUUGUGGUGGUGGCUGGCUGGAGACCUAG